GUUUAGACUGUUUAAAUAAAUUAAAAGUAAUUACUCGUUUUAUUGCUGGUAGCUUGGAUAUAUUGUGCUUAAAUGUAUUUGUGAGCAAACUUGUCUAAUCUUUAGAAUUAAAAAAAAACUACUAGAUCUUCCUAAGAAAUAUGAACAACAAAAUAUACAUAUUUAGUUCAAUAUUAUGGUUAACGCUUUUAUUAUCAAUAUCUACUACAUACGGUAGAGAAGAAAGAACAUUUUUAGAUCCGGCGUUUAAGCAAUUAGGGCGAAGACUCAAAAUACGAUUAGGAACUCCGAGUCAACACGCUGUCAGAACUGAGAAAAAUAGAAAACUGCUGAUAAAAAGCAAUACAUUGGCAGAAAAACCACCUUUUGCAGAUUUUCCGUGCGACCGAAGCCACACAAAAAUAAGAAGUGACACCGUGCCAACAAAUGUCAAUCAGGUACGGCCUGGGGAUAUCGACAUCAUAGCUGCAAUGGGUGACAGCUUAAGCGCCGGUACUGGAAUAUCAUCUGCAACCAUGCAACAAGAAUUGUUCUCGGAAGAGAGAGGAAGAUCGUGGUCGAUAGGUGGAGAGGCAGACUGGAAAAGAUUCCUUACAUUAGCAAACAUUUUAAAAGAAUUCAAUCCAAAACUAUUCGGUUAUUCCUUAAACACCUCACAAAGUUUUCAGUGGGAGUCACAAUUCAACGUAGCGGAGAAUGGUGCCAUUUCACAAAACUUGCCAUUUAUGGCCAAAGAGUUAGUUAAACGUAUUAAGAAUGAUAAGAGGACGGAUCUGAAACAUCACUGGAAGGUAGCUAGUUUAUAACUAGAUAUUCUAGCUGAUCUUAAAAAUCCACCAAAAAAUCAAUAUUUAGCUCAUAAUCUAUUUUGUCCGUGUAUUGCGGGCUUACAAUUCAGAAGCAGGAGGAAAGAGUUGACUCGCAUCAUGGAGGGAUGGCAACAAAUUGAUCGGGAAGUCAGUAACAUGCCGGAAUUCGAUUCGGACGAAUUUACUGUGAUAUUACACAACUAUACUAGCAAUUAUACGUUACCUACCAAGGAAGAUGGUUCUGAGGAUUAUGGGUAUCUAGCUCCAGAUGUUUUUCAUUUUUCUGAAAGGGGACAAGCUAGAUUUGCAAACGACCUGUGGAAUUCCCUUUUGGAACCGUACGGAAAGAAAGUUAACGCUGGAAGAAAAGAAUACUCAGUAUUUCAUUGUCCAUCAGAUGAACAUCCUUAUAUUUAUACGAGAACAAACAGCAAAUAAGAAUAUUUAAAGAACAAAGUGAUAAUAUGUAUAUAAACUUAAUUAUUAUUAAAAAUAAUUAUUAAUU